UUCGUAGAGCCAGAAAACGUAACCCAAUACACCACCCACAAAUCGAAAGAUUAAAUCUUCAACUUAACAUCCCUCUUUCUCUUUUUUCUCCAAUAGCACCUUUUAAGGCUUCUUUCCAUUUCGUAGUAUGCUUUCUUUCUCUCUUUACCUCUACGUAUAGGCUGUUUUUCUGAUGCUAGCUUCACAAAGGAAGCAAGAAAACUAGAACAGAAGGAAAACAAGAAAACAUAAAUUUGGAUUUAAUUUGGUGGUGGUGAAAAUUUGAGUGAUUGCAUUGGGAAAUUGGUGUUAGAACAAGAAGCUUUUUGGAAUUUUCUUUGUGGUUUUAACUAUUUUGUGUUGAAGUCAAAUUGCAGCUUAUCUAAGUGCUUGGAGAAAAUUUUAAGAAUAAAGGGAUAGUUUUCUGUGGGUAUUGGGUGAAUUCACUAUGCCAACAUCAUGGGCUGAUUCUGUUUCUGUGGCUGAUGGAGCCACUGCUGCUUCAUCUAAGACAGCCUAUGUGCCUCCGCAUCUUAGAAAUAGAGGACUUCCUUCAUCGACCCCUUCUACCCCCACCCCAGCUGCUUCAUAUGCUGGUGCUAUUGCAUCAGGAAAUGAUAGGGUUGGGUAUGGUGGUCCACCUGCAGGUGGGAGUCGCUGGAAUGGUCCCAAAAAUGAAUUCCGAUCUAGUUAUGGUGGUAGUACUAGUAGUAGUAGUUGGAAUAGCAGAACGGGUGGUUGGGAUCGGGCUGGGGAACGAGAGGUUAACCCUUUUGGAGAUGAAGGAGAAAAACCAUUUGAUGACCAUGAGAAUUCGGGCAUUAAUUUUGAUGCUUACGAGGAUAUUCCAGUCGAGACAAGUGGGGAGAAUGUGCCACCUCCAGUGAAUACUUUUGCAGAGAUUGAUUUAGGGGAAGCAUUAAACAAUAACAUUAGGAGGUGCAAGUAUGUUAAGCCAACACCUGUGCAGCGGUAUGCUAUACCAAUUUCGCUCACAGGACGGGAUUUAAUGGCUUGUGCUCAAACUGGUUCGGGCAAAACAGCUGCUUUCUGCUUCCCCAUUAUUAGUGGAAUAAUGAGGGGCCAAUUUCCAAGACCACCACAUCCACGCAUGGCGUUUCCUCUCGCUCUUAUUCUUUCUCCUACAAGGGAGCUUUCAUGUCAAAUUCAUGACGAAGCUAGAAAGUUUGCAUAUCAGACUGGUGUCAAGGUGGUUGUUGCCUAUGGUGGAGCACCCAUAAAUCAACAGCUUCGAGAGCUUGAGAGGGGCGUGCAUAUACUUGUCGCCACUCCCGGGCGGUUAGUUGAUUUAUUGGAGAGGGCAAGAGUUUCAUUGGAGAUGAUUAGAUAUCUGGCUUUGGAUGAAGCAGAUCGAAUGUUGGACAUGGGCUUUGAACCUCAGAUAAGGAAAAUUGUGCAACAGACAGACAUGCCUCCACCAGGCAUGAGGCAGACAAUGUUGUUCAGUGCUACCUUCCCGAAAGAGAUUCAGAGAUUAGCUGCAGAUUUUCUAUCAAAUUAUAUCUUUUUGGCUGUUGGAAGGGUUGGCUCAAGUACUGAUUUGAUUGUCCAAAGAGUUGAAUAUGUUCAAGAGACUGAUAAACGAAGCCAUCUAAUGGAUCUCCUUCAUGCACAAAGGGCAAACAAUGUAAAUGGCAAGCAAGCUCUUACCCUCAUUUUUGUGGAGACAAAGAAAGGAGCCGAUUCACUUGAACAUUGGCUUUACCUGAAUGGUUUCCCUGCCACUUCUAUCCAUGGUGAUAGGACACAACAGGAAAGAGAGUAUGCUCUCAGAUCAUUCAAAAGUGGCAAUACACCAAUUCUGGUUGCAACAGACGUUGCAGCUCGUGGCCUCGAUAUCCCCCAUGUUGCACACGUUAUCAACUUUGACCUUCCAAACGACAUUGAUGACUAUGUCCACCGCAUAGGAAGAACUGGACGAGCAGGAAAAACUGGGUUGGCUACGGCCUUCUUCAAUGAGAACAACUCUUCGAUAGCAAAACCGUUGGCUGAUCUAAUGCAAGAAGCAAACCAAGAAGUACCUGCUUGGCUAUCCCGCUUUGCUGCUCUAUCCUUCUCCUACGGUGGGAAGAAUCGGCGUGGGGGAAACCGUUUUGGCGGCCGUGACUUUCGAAAAGAGCCCGCUUACAAUAAAGGCAGCGCUGACUACUACUCCACAAGCAAUAGCAAUACUGGUUACGGUGGUUCAAGUGGGUACAAUGCGGCAUCUAGUGCUGGCGUGGCUAGCGCGUGGGACUAA